AUGCAGCAACAGGUCAAAGGGGAUGACCCGAUGGCGGAACAUGAUGAGGGGGGCACCAUUGACGUCCUGGACUCGAUGCCCUCAUACGGUCCGGAGGGCGUCAGAGGGCUCGUAAGCUCUGGCUAUGUCCUUGGAGCCGCUUGUCUUGCUUCGCUGGGUGGAUUCAGCUUUGGAUAUGACCAGGGGGUCAUAUCGAUUAUCAAUGUCAUGCCUCAAUUCCAUGGGGCUAUACCGCAGGCAGAGACUGACUUUGGCAAAGGGCUUAUGACGGGCAUGCUGCUCCUUGGCGCAUUCAUUGGCUGUAUUUUUAUGCCUUACCUUGCGGAUAAGAUCUCCAGAAAGUGGGCUCUGACUGUGGUCGUCGUCAUUUUUGACAUCGGUGCCAUUAUCCAGACGGUUGCUCAAAACUACGGCAUGUUGGUCGCAGGGAGGACCAUUGGUGGUAUUGGUGUUGGCACGCUGGCCAUGGGCGCGCCGCUGUAUAUCUCUGAGAUUUCACCGCCAAACCUGCGAGGGACCCUUCUGGUCCUGGAAUCUAUCUGCGUCGUUUCAGGUGCAGUUAUUGCGUAUUGGAUAACCUUCGGGACGAGGUUGAUCGGGAGUGAAGUGUCGUUCCGUCUACCAUUUGGCCUACAAAUGGUCAGCGCAACUCUUCUCGGACUCUGCAUCCAUUUCUUCCCAUAUUCACCGCGUUGGUUGGCUCUCGUUGACCGUCAUGACGACUGCCUCAAGAGUCUGAGCAAACUGCGCGGUCUACCACAGACAGACGCAAAAGUCCAGACCGAGUUCAGGGGAAUCAUCACAGAGGUUAAGUUCCAACAACUCGUUGAACAACGACAGUAUCCUGGAGUGACAGGCAUAAAACGAGAAGCUGUGAUCUGGAUAAGUCUUUUUAACCGACGGACGUGGAAACGAACAGCUGUCGGCACCGGCGUGACAUUUUUUCAACAAUUCGUCGGAAUCAACGCGUUCAUCUACUACGCACCCACUCUCUUCGAAUCAAUCGGCCAAAAGGGAGAGAUGACGUUGAUUCUGUCUGGUGUUUUCAACUGUCUUCACCUGGUAACGGUCAUCAUUUGUUUCCUGAUCAUUGACAAAGUCGGUCGGCGCCCCUUGGCCAUCUUUGGUGGCUUUGCCAUGGGCGCAUGCUACAUCAUUGUCGCUGUCCUCUCUGCUCUAUACGGACCAGACUGGACCAACACAUCAGCAGGAUGGGCCUGCGUAGCAAUGGCAUUUAUCUUCGUUCUCAUCUUCGGAAACACAUACUCGCCUCUAGGUUGGGCCCUGCCAUCCGAAGUCUUUCCCAAUGCGGUUCGCUCAAAAGGUGUCGCACUGUCAACUUGUGUCAAUUGGCUGUCCAAUUUCAUCGUGGGAGUCGUGACUCCUCCGAUGAUGGCUAAUAUUGGCUACCGCACAUACAUCUUUUUUGCAGUGUGGUGUGUUCUUGCAGGUAUGUGGGCCUUUUUCUUGGUGCCUGAAACAAGCGGAAAGACGCUGGAGCAGAUUGACGAGGUGUUUGGUGAUAUUACCAGUCAAGAGGAGAGUGAGAUUAUGAGAGAGGCUACUUCUGCAGUGAUCUUCGGUGAAGGAAAGCCUGAUGUGUGA